AUGUGCCCAAUAAUGUCAUGUGUGCAAUGUUCAUGUAUGCAACAAUGUCAUAUGUGCAAUAUAUAUAAGCGCAAUAAUAUCAUGUGUACAAUGUGCAUAUGUGCAAUGUGCAUGUGUGUAAUAGUGUGCAUGUGUGCAAUAGUGUCAUGUGUGCAAUGUGUAUGUGCGCAAUAAUGUCACGUGUGCAAUCGUACUUUUGCACUUUGUUGUUGUGUGUGCAAACGAAGCUGUAGGCAAUCGGGAUGUAAGCAAUUAGGAAUGUUGGCAAUCGGGAAUUUCUACAAAAUUUGUGUGCAAACGAAGAUGUAGGCAAUCGGGAUUGUAGACAAUUAAAACUCACUCAAUCUAGGUUUAUCGAGCUUGUACGUAUUUUUUAUGAGUUUUAUAGGUUUGGAAAGUUUUAGGUCUAUUACUACGAAGUCCGGAUAUUGUUUCAUGAGAAAUAAGCUUAGUUUACUUGAUUAUAUCUAAAAAUCCAGACGUGAUGGAGCAAAACCGAUAACAGAUUUUGAUUCAGUGACCUCAAAAACCUAUAAAAAACUAGGUCUGUUCUCACAUUUAUGGUAAAAAACUGUUUGUAGUCUUGUGUGUUAUUAUUUACAUAUAAAUAGAGUGCGUAUAUGCUUUAAACUUAAUUUGGGUCUUUGUCAAUAAAUAUUUUGGUAAAGAUCUUUAUAUUUUCUAUCAAUUUUUGUAAAAUAUAUCAUUACUAGAAUUUAUAAAAUAUUACUAGAAUUUAUAAAAUAUACAAUGAAACAUAAAGCCAACAUGUUAUGAACAUAGUUAACCUCAUGUUAGUAAUUUGAAUAUCGUCUCGCAAAUUAUUAACAUGAAGUAAUAUUCCUAAUAUGUUGAUCUUCUCUCCAUUUAUUUUUUAUAAAUUUUAAUAAUACAUCAGAAUAAUAUUUAACAAUUAAUACACACUUGACAAAAUUGGAUAGAAGGUAUGCCUUAAAUAGGCAAUUUUUUAACUUAAUAUAAAGAAUAUAGAAUCACCAGAUUUUGAGUUAAGCGGUAUCUAUCUUAUGCAUGCUUUCUUAUAUUUGUAGAUGUGCUAAAUUAGAAUCAAAUGUUAUUUUUAAGGUGUAUUAAUAGAAAAAUACUGAAAAUCGCAUUUAAAUUACAUUCUUAGCAUGAUCUGGAAUUAACGACGUAGCAGAUGAGUGAUCUUGCGUGUGUAUGUGUGUCCCCCGAGUUUAUUCUUACAAAAAUUUCUUUUUCUAAUAGACUAUAAAGAUAUGUGCAGUAAAAAGCAAUGCGAAAAUAGAGAGAAAUUAGAAAAGAGAAGAAAAACCGACAGGGCUAAAAUAUUGAAGAAAGGGAAAGGGGAGCGGAUUUGGGAUAAAUUUAAGGAUGUUUACUUAUAUUGGAUUAUAUUAUGUUUAUUUAGACCAGUUCGGCGACGUACGUGACGUGUGUCGAUGCAAAGACAAGGUUGUUUUCGCGCAUUAUUCCUUGAGGAUAAUAAUGUCGGGCAGUAGCGAUUCCGAGGAGUUUUUCGACGCAGAGGAUGAUUCGUUUCAUCGCACGUCACGAAAAGGUAAACAGCGUGAGUCUAGUAGUGCUGAAGAUCAUACUGCAAAAACACUAGUUUACAGACAGGAAGAUGACUGUGUUUUUGUAAAACCUGCUGAACCAAAAUCAAUUAAUGAAUCAAAGAGUUAUAUGUCUCCAGAUUAUGGACAAGCUAAAGAAAAACUUGACGAGGAUGAUAAAGAAUCCACCACAGACAAAAUUGUGGGCAGGAGAAGAUUUCGUGAACUUCGCCAACGCAUGCAAACGGAAGAUGAUGAUAUUCCAAUUAACAGCUCUCCUCCAGAUAGCCAGACAUCUUCCAUCGAGGGUGUUUAUCCUUCUUCCAAAACAAGCCAUCCAUUUCGAAUUAUAGAGCAUGACACUCUUAGCUUACAAAGUAUGACAUCUUUAGGACGAGUGGGUCGUAUUCUGGCAGGUGUUACAGAUAACGCUUCUGGCAUACUUGUAUCUGGUAUAUCUCAGUAUCCUCCUUCUGCCAUCCUUACUCGCGAAGGUCAAAUGUCCUCUAUUGUUAGCAUUCCAAGCAAAGAUGAGGACACAACCUCUGGUAAGGUGUCCCAGUCUUCCAGCAUCGUUACGUUAUCGGGAGAUGCCUUGCAGGAAUCCUCUGUUAACGGCAGGUAUAACUAUGCUUCUCACUCACAAAGUGACAAGACUAUUGUGCUUCAAGAACCCGAUGUUAUCGCUAGUACAAAGAAUAACGGAAAACCAGUAGAAGAUGCUGCAAUGCCUGGUGUACCUAUUGCUCCACCGCGUCGUAAAAAGAAAACAAAGACAAAUAUACCAAGUGAUCUCACUCCUUCCUCAGAAGUGCUUAUCCCAGCAUCGCCACUUCCAAGCCCAGCGAGCACUAUAGAAUCAAUCACUCGAGAAUUUGAACAUUCUCUCGAUAUUCGAUCCGCGACGAAAGGCCAAUAUGUUGUUAAACCGCAAGAUGAGGAUAAGCUAAAAGCAGAAGGUCCAUCUACUGAGGAAUUAGAAAGGGUAGAAAGAAUGAAAGCAGAUUUGCUUAGUCGAUCGAGUGAAAAAUCUAGUAGUCCAUUAGGAUCAGCAUCGAGCAACAGUAUGGGUCGUUAUUCUCUAGGCCCACAUAAGUUUUCGGGCAUGAGCCCACAAAGUUCCAAAGAAAGGCGUAAAUCUGCUGGUGAUCAAGAUUUGGUUAAGCAAUUAAAUAUGUUUGUAAGGACUAGGACAGACUCUGGCAAGCGUCUUACCGACAUGGAAAUCUUGGAACAAGUGCCUGUAACGAAUUUAGAUACAGGGGAACAGGUGCCAUUAAGUAUAGCAGAAGAUAAAUUACCGCAAUGUAUCAAUCCUUUAUCAUUACACAUUAUGAGACUUACUAAAUCUAAAUAUAUAAGCAAUUCUAGUCUUGAGAAGGAGAAGGAGAGUGACGAGGAAAGCGUGGACAGUAAAAUAUCUAGUAUACCCCCAGAUGAAGAUGUAUCCGUAGAUAGAGUUCGUAAACGAACACAAAAGUUGAAACGAUUCCUAGGAUCAACUGUUAAAAAGACAAUGGACAAAGCUAAAUCUAUUGCGCAAGAAGUAUCGCACGCGAGGCAUAAAGAGGAUGUCAUGGACAUAGUGGAUGAAGUUUAUCCUGGUGAACAACAAUACAUAAAAUUAAAAGCAUCAAACAGCCACAAAGGUCCAUAUGAGUUUAGCUGUCUGCAGCACGUUCAAGAUCUUAGCGGGGAACAUGUAGGUCCCGUCUGGUGUAUGAAGUUUUCAGCCUGCGGUCGAUUGUUAGCCACUGCAGGACAAGAUCGCGUUCUAAGGAUUUGGGUCCUACGAGAUGCUUUCACAUAUUUUCAGGAUAUGCGAACCAAGUAUAACGCGGAGAAGGUCAGUCCUACUCCUUCACAGGAAUCGUUAGUUUCACAGCAGUCGAUGGAAGACCCUAAUGUUGUAGCUAGUGCCUUUAGCGAGAUCGAAGGAACAAAAAGCCCAUUUAUGCCAAAACCAUUUUGCACAUACACCGGUCACACUUCGGAUCUGCUUGAUGUAUCGUGGUCUAAAAACUAUUUUGUUUUAUCUUCAUCGAUGGAUAAAACUGUACGGCUUUGGCAUAUAUCCCGCAAGGAAUGCCUAUGUUGCUUUCAACAUAUUGACUUUGUAACGGCUAUAGUAUUUCACCCACGAGACGACCGAUACUUUCUUUCAGGAUCGCUAGAUGGCAAAUUACGUUUAUGGAAUAUUCCUGAUAAAAAGGUUGCAGUAUGGAACGAAGUAGACGGGCAAACCAAAUUGAUUACCGCGGCUAACUUUUGUCAGAACGGAAAAUUUGCGGUUGUGGGCUCGUACGACGGUCGUUGCAUAUUUUAUAAUACCGAUCAAUUGAAAUAUCAUACGCAAAUACACGUUCGAUCGACAAGGGGAAAAAAUUCUACCGGUCGCAAAAUCAGCGGAAUCGAACCUAUGCCAGGAGAAGACAAAAUAUUGGUUACGUCCAACGACAGUCGCAUUCGUUUGUAUGAUUUGAGAGAUUUGAACCUGUCAUGUAAAUACAAAGGAUACGUUAAUAUCAGUAGUCAAAUUAAAGCGAGUUUUAGUCCAGACGGUCAAUAUAUAGUUAGCGGUUCUGAAAAUCAGUGCAUUUAUAUUUGGAAAACCCAUCACGAUUAUUCCAAAUUUUCCAGCGUUCGUAGAGAUCGAAAUGAUUUCUGGGAAGGCAUAAAAGCACAUAAUGCCGUAGUAACAUGUGCUGUAUUUGCGCCGAAUCCAGAUAGUAUUAUCAAACAGAUCGAAGCAAGAGAACGCUGGGAGAAUAAGGAGGAACAAAAAGACGUGUUAAAUACUUCCAAUGUAGAUGUUCCUAUUGAUCCUGUUGUCGAGCAACGCACUAAAGGUUGUGGAGGACACGUUCUUGUAAGCGCUGAUUUUAAUGGUUGCAUAAAGGUUUUCUUAAACAAAACAAAACCAAAACACAGCUCCCUACCAGCAUCUGCACUUGCGUAACGUAAUAUUAACGUAAUAAUUUAUGAAUCUAUGCGACAGUCAUAUUGAUCAACGAGAUGAUGUACGUGCGAGCGUAUCCUCGUGUGUCGUGCGAGAACGCUUCUCUUUCGUCUUGUGCGCAACUUUUGGUUGUUUAUCUCGAGAAAAACCAUAAUUAGGUGUUUUAUUUUCUUUUAAUGAUAUUUUUACAUCAAGUAUUAGCACUAAUUUCUGUAUGUGUGUACGCGCGCGUGUGUGUGUAAAGUCUAAAGUGAUGAUAUGUGUUGACAUUUUUUCUUGUCAUUACGUUUAUACGCUUAAAUUUAAUGAUAAUUUACAUUAUUUGAAAUGUAACACAUUUGGAAGCAACUAUAAUUUUACUGAACGUUUUAUUGUAUUAAGUAAAACUAAUUUUGUAUGUGCUUAUAUUUUGAAUAUUUUCUUUACCAA